AUGGACAGGCUCCUUUCGAUUCUGCCGCCUCAUGAAGGCUUGCUCCCUAAAUGGCUCGUUCUACUUUCGGCCACCUCAAUGGGCAAUUCCAUCCAAGCCUACACUACCUUGAAAUACACGACUCAAGUCUAUCCUGGUUGGAGAUCUUCGAAAGAGGGACACAAACCAUCAUCGUCCAAUGCAGACCCAGAAUCCAGUCCAGUUACCCCUCUGUCAUCCCGCACUUUUGGAACGUGGACCUUCCUCGCAGCAGUAGUUCGAAUCUACGCCGCGCACAAUAUCACCAAUCGACUUUUCUACGACCUGGCCAUAUGGACAUACGUGAUCGCAGUCUGGCAUUUCUUCAGCGAGUGGCUUAUCUUCGGUUCGACAAGGUGGGGACGUGGCCUGGCGGGACCCGUAAUUGUUUCUUCAAUGAGCUUGAUUUGGAUGCUUUGGUCCCGAGACGCCUAUGUGGAGAGAUGUUGA